AUGGAUACCACCCGUAAGUAUCAAUGGUUCUAUUGUAUUAUACCUAGGUAUGUGUGAAUCGGGUUUUAUAGAUGCGUUAAACCGAACUGACUCGUGGUGUUCAAAAUUUAAUGAUUUCAUUAUUUUGGUUUCGAGAUAAAUGCUACCAGUUGAAUAACUGAUUAAAUAACUCUAGUUCCUUUAUAAUAAUUUAAUACAAACUCUGCUACAAUCACUUUUUUCAUUAUUUUCACUAUUUAUACAAAUUUACCAUAAUGAAUUGUAGGUAUAUAUAUAUAUAUAUUUUUUUUUUUUAUUGAAAAUCAAACAUUUUUCAUAAUAUAGUUUUUAAAAUAGAUACUUACUUAUAUAAAGUUGUAAUAUUUUUGAUGCAUCAACUUUAAGCUUAAAGCUAUGUCGGAAGAGAUUAAUUACUAACUGUUACUUAAUGCCUGAUAUUAAAUUAUACCGAGGUAAUUUUAUUUAAAAUUUUAGCACUUUCAAGAAAUUCCAGUGAUGUCUCUAAUAAUAGUCAUGUUCUUCAAAGAAUGUUGUAUGAUAGUUUAGAUGACAUAACGAUAGAAUCACCGGUUAAAUCUCCUGUACAUAUGUUUAAACGAAGUAUAUCAUACAUAGACUCAACACAAUCUGUGUUUCCACUUUCAAUGACUACUUGGUAUCAACAAAGUUGUCCGGCUCCUGAAUAUAGUGAACAAGGUAUAAUCCAUUCUUAACAAAACCCUAACUGUAAAAAAAUGUAUUCAUUUUUAACCACUGCAUGUAAAUAAACAAUGCUAUGCUUACUAGAUUUUGACCUGGCACACUACCAUGUGCUCAAAUAAUUUCAUCAUACCUUUUUUGUUCUAAAUAAAUUAUAUUUUUAAGGAGAAGAUUGUGAAAGUGAUGGUUCUAUUAAGAGUUCUCAAUUGGUAAAUAUUAAAUUAAAACUGGAAGAAAAAAGGCGACAAAUUGAAAAUAAUAAACAUGAAAUAAAAUCUCUAAUGAAUAACCAAAGAACACAAAUAGGGAAAGCUGCAUUCCUCCAUAUAACAUCUGGACGUAGUAGGUAUAAGGUUCCAUCACCUAUACAAACGCAUAUGUCUAUCAAUCAAAAUUCCUUCAGUAACGAUGAUUAUACUACUACCACUAGUCGAGAUGUAAUUGCAAAUACAUCUGAUAAAGGUUUUUUUGUCUCAUUUGAAGACAAAGAAACUCCUAAAAGACCCAAACCGCCAUUAAGAACAAAAAAAAUUACAUCAAAGGCAAGUAAUAACUUUGGAUAUUUUUCUAAAGAUAACAUUAUGAUGAAAAUAUAAAGUUAUGUACAAUUAAUUUAAUUAGCAGGAUAAAAAUUUGACGCAAGUAUUAAAUAAAUCUGUGUCUCUAAAUAAUUUGGAUUCAUCAUCUAGAAAUUUUAAUGAUUUUACAAAUAAUGAAAAGUCAGAAGAAUUUCCUACUUCUGUUAAAUUUACUUCAGAAUUAGUUGAUUCACAAGAAACAAUUACAAAUACAUCUGAUAAAGGUUAUUUUGUUUCAUUUGAUGAUAACGAAACUCCUAAGCGACCAAAACCACCAUUGAGAAUGAAAAAGAUUGUAUCAAAGGCAAGUAGUUAUUUUGAAUAUUUCUCAAAAAAUAAUAUGAUGUAUUUGGAAAUUAUUUUAAUUAACAGGAUAAAAAUUUGACACAAGUAUCAAAUAAUUCUGUGUCAUUAAAUAAUUUGGAUAAAUGUAAACAUUUCAAUGUUUCUAUCAAUAAUGGAGAGUCUAUAGAAUUUUCUAUUCCUGUUAAAUCUACAGUAUUUAAAGAUGAAAUCAAACAACGUAAAAAAGAUGAAGAAAAGAAACGUAGGGCAGUAAUUUUAGAACAAUAUAGAUUAAAGAAGGCUAUUGAAGAAUCUGAUAGAGAAGUACAUAUUUGAAGUAUUAUAUGUUAGCGCUUUAGUUUAUUUGUGUGUGUUUUUAGGGGAAAACUGUCAAUAAACAUCUUUUAAAUUCAUUAAAAACUAAUCGCAAUCAAACUUUGAGUAGUCAAUCAAGACUUCAGAGUAAACAAAAGAAGACUAUUGAAGAAGCUAAAAGAGAAGUACAUGACAGAAAAAUAAUUUAUAAACACAAGUAUAUUUAUUUAUUUAUUUUUUUUAGGGAAAAAUUAUAGAUAAAGGUUUUUUUAGUUCACUAAAAACCAAUCUCAAACAAACAUUAGGUGGUCCACCAAAACUUCAAAGUAAACAAAGAACAAUUCAUUAUAAUAAAACUUUAUUUGUCUCACUUGAAGUUGUUUGAUUUCUCAUUUAAUAUUUUUUGUUUGUAUUCUAUACAACUGAAUUGUAUUAUUAUUAUAUUUAUAUAGCAUUGGACUCACAAAUUAGACAUAAUUUUUGUUGUGGAUCACAGGAAAACAUAAUCAAAACAUGGCGAACAUCAACUUCUUCUCUUUGUUCAAGUAAGUGUUUUAAUUGUUAAAUCAUUGCAAUUUAAGAUAAAAAUAUUUGAUUAAUAAUUAUUUUGAUUGUGUUUAAAGUUAACAAAUUUUUAUUUUUUUUUUUUUAUAUAAUGUCAAGUUGAUAUAUCACAGAACAAUAGUUUUAAUAAUUUAGGUAUUGAAGAUAUUUGGCCUUGUCAUCAUUUUCAAAAUAGUACAUAAUUUAUAAGAAAAUUGCUCGUUUUAUAUCUCUACCUAUAUUUUGUGUUAAACUUUGGUUGAAAUUAUUAAAAUGUCUGACUUUUUUUAAAUUUUGUAAUUUUUUCUGAAUUUAUUAUCAAAAUUGUAAGAGAAAAAUUUGUUUUUUAUAUAUAUUAACAAUUUUCUACAGUUAUAUCAACUAAUGAAGUUAUUGGCACUCACUAAAACUGUUAUAGUGAACUGUGUUGAUUACAUAUUUUAUAGACACAUUAUAUCCCAUACCAAUUUUAUUAUAAAAUAAAGAAAAAAGAACACCAAUCUAUUAUACAAUGGUUUAUGACUUUAUGAAAUGAGCAAUAUAAAAAUCAAAUCCUACCAUACAUAAUACCCUAAUACCCCAUAAUAUCCUUAAAUUUUUGCUAUUGUGGCACAUUAUUAUUAUUUAAUAUAUGUCAUGAUACACUAUGAAUAAAUAUUGUCAACUUUCUGAAUAUAAGUGAUUUAGAACUGGAUUUAUUUCCCAUCUUUGCCUAUUUACAAAUAUGAUUAGGUGCACAGACCUUUUGCAAUUACAUCGGAUACAAUAUCUCAUCUAGGAUUAGUUGAACAAGAGCAACUUUUAGAACUUUAAUCUGAUUGUUUAUUGAAAUUAAAUUUUAAUGAACUUUAAAUCUUCCAGUUUUAGAAUUCAAUUAAAAUUUAAUAUCCGAUAAUUACAUAAAUAACAAUAAAUAUGCUAUUACCAUUUUCUACAACAUACCUCUGUGAACUUGGGUUGUCCGACCCUAACCAAUAUUAAAAAUAAGACAUGUGAAAGAUUUUUAUCAGUUGAAUAAGAAAUGAGAGUGUGUUUAACGUCGAUCACUCCCCAAAUUGAAUUAUUGUGUAAACAACACCAAGCACAUGUUUCAGACUAAAAUUUGGAGAUUUGAUUUUUUAUCAUUAUUGUUUUAUCUGUACUCAAACUAGUUUUAUUCCAUUAUAUUUUAUGUUUAAUAAUUAAUAUUUCCAAAAAUUUUAUGAUUAUUUUACAAUGGUGUUUUAAUAGAAAUUAGUUCAAAUUGUCGCGGCGUAUUUUUGAAAUUUCAAGACACACCCUUUUGGAAACAUUGUAAUACACUUAAAACUAUAUAUUACAAAUAAUUAGAAUAUCUGAACUGAUAUACUGAAAAUUUAGGUCUUUUGGCUGGGUUUAAGUUAAAAAUAGUGAUUAUAAAGGACUCAACUAUUAUUAGUCUAUGGGAUAGGCUUAGAAAAUGACUUCAUUUUGUAGAAAUUUAUUUUAAAAACACACUUAAUAUUAGCUACAGACACUGGUAUUAUUGUUAUUUAUCACUACUGUAUAUUGUCUAUUUGUCUAUAAAAUUAAUUUUGCUAGAUCAUCAAAUAUUGUAUUUUUCACAAAUUUCUUUUUUUUAGGAAGUUCGAGUUGUGAUCAAGAUAGUUCACUAUACCGGUGCAGUGACACAGACUCAGGUUUAGGACGGACAACCCCUCCCAAAAGAAUCACCUUACCAUCUGGUUCCAGUUCAUUAUCGAUAUGUUGCAAAUUAGAAGACACAAGAAGCCAAAGUAGUGGUAGUGACUAUGGUGGUACUAAGUGAGUGUCAGACAGUGGUCACUAUAUGAUUUUGGUGUACAUUAUCUUAAAAGUAUACUAUAAAAAUAUAUUGUAUCAAGAAUAGAUGAGAUAUAUUUAUUGUUCAGAGUAAUGUUUUUAUCAUGAACCAGCAAUUAUCUCUGAGGAUUUAUGUGAAUUUUAUUUCUGUUUUUUCUAAUCAUUUCGGAAUCAUUUAAGCUUUUUUUAAAACCAUUUUAAAUUUAUUACAACUAUUACAUAUACUUUAAAUAAGUACAUAAUUUUGUUUUUAAAAUAGAAACCCUCCCCUCCUCUUUGACUAGAUUUGAAAACAUUUUUCUAGAAAUGUUUUUAAGUGGUUUUUGUGAAUUAUAAAAGAAUAUAAAUCCGGUCUCUAGUUAUACUCAUACACAGUAAAUCUCAUAUUAGUGUUAUACAUAUUAAAAGGGGGGGGGGUUUCUCGUGUGAAAAUUUUAAAUAUGUCCUUUAUUAAGGUACAUGGAAUUAUGGUAAAAAAUUAAAAAUGAUUUUAAAAUAAAGCUUAAAUAAUUCUAUAAUGAUUAGAAAAAACAGAAAUAAAAUUCAUUUAAAUUCCUCAUAGAUAAUUACUGAUUCAUAAUCAAAAAAUCACUUUGUAUAAUAUAUAAUUAGAAUAUGUUUUUUAAUGAUUUAUUUAGAAUCUUAGUUUCUUUAGGAUAAAAACCGAAACCCUAUUCUAUUUUCUAAAAAUUGUCGUUUUAUAAUUUUAUUAUAUUUUUCACUAUAGGCUAUAUAAACAACUAGUAACCAAAUCUAACCGUAGUAUUAUAUUAAAUGCAGUCGAAUACUGUGUAUUUCCGGGUAUGGUGAACCGAGAAUCCAAGAUUCGAGUUAUUAAUGAAAUAAACAGAUCCGAAGCUAAUCAUUUCCUGAUGCUGUUUCGAGACACAAGAUUUCAGUUUCGAGCACUGUACUUGUACUUUACAGAGACUGAAAAGGUGACUAAACUGUAUGGUAUCGGUCCACGAGUCGUUACCGAUUCCAUGUUUGAUAAGUUUUUCAAGUGA